AUGAUCACGUCUUGCAAUGCGGGCUUCCAGCCUAGGUUUGCUCUUUGCAGCAACGGACCUGGGGCGGUGGGCGCCUCUCACAGCUCCUGCCUGCGACCCCCGAUCGGGACCCCCAGUCCGCCCCCCGCUGCUGGAAGCCUCCGGACGCUCCUGGAACAUUCCCGAGCCCGCUCGGAUGCGGGGUGUCCGGGCCCGCGCUCCCAGCUGCGCGGCCGAGCGAGAGAGGGAGGGAGCGGGGUGACUCAGGCGCGCGCGCCCCCGGCCCCCCGAUUCUGGCGAGGGGGGCGCGCACGCCUCGGGCACCCGCGCGGCCGCCGCCGCGUCCAUUUUUACCCGGGCGCAGCUAAAAAUAGUGCGGGCGCUCGCAGCCCGCCAGAAAUAGCGGCCCCCCAGAAAAGGCAGGACGACUCAGCGCUUCCGGGGAGCGGAAGGGAGGCGGCGGGGGGAGCGGUGCACCCGCGCGGCCGCCGCCGCAUGGCCUUCGCCCGGCCCCGGGAAGCGGCGUCCAUCUUCAAGCAGCCGGUGACCAAGAUCACCAACCACCCGAGCAACAAAGUGAAGAGCGACCCCCAAAAGGCUGUGGAGCAGCCCCGGCAGCUUUUCUGGGAAAAGAAACUGAGUGGUCUGAACGCCUUUGACAUCGCCGAGGAGCUCGUGAGGACCAUGGACCUCCCCAAGGGCCUGCAAGGGGUGGGGCCCGGCUGUACCGAUGAGACCCUGCUGUCAGCUAUUGCCAGCGCCCUGCACACCAGCACAAUGCCCAUCACCGGGCAGCUCUCAGCCGCUGUGGAGAAGAACCCCGGCGUGUGGCUCAACACCACCCAGCCCCUGUGCAAGGCCUUCAUGGUGACCGAUGAGGACAUCAGGAAGCAGGAGGAACUGGUGCAGCAGGUACGGAAGCGGCUGGAGGAGGCCCUGAUGGCCGACAUGCUGGCCCAUGUGGAGGAGCUGGCACGGGAUGGCGAGACACCUCUGGGCAAGGCCAGCAUGGACGAGGAGGAGGAGGAGGAUGACGAGGACGACGAAGAGGAGCCUGACCCAGACCAGGAGCUGGAGCACGCCUAGGGCCGGUGCUAAGGGCCAGUUGCCGUGGACAGAGGACUGGGGUUGGCCCACACCUACUCACCAUGCUGUGUCCCCGCCCCGGGCUGCACAGGCACAGCCCAGCAGAUGCCUGCUCACGCCCUACCCUGGAGCGUGGCCUCACCACCCCGGAGCUGCUCUUGGUGCAGACUAGGUGGGCUAUCUGCUCCAUGUGGACACUGAUUCCAGUGAUGUGGAGGGUAAAUGCCGCGCUCACCCCAGUGUGUAGGAUGCCAGCAGCCCUGGCCAAGCCCCCACCUCUCUUGUCUGCCUGGGGCAGCGUGGCAUCCCCCACACCCCCUCACCUGGGGUCUGUUGGGUCCACGAGCAAGCAGGGGCCAGCAGUGUGAGGGCAGCUGGUUCAGCCCCAUCUGCCAGCACCUCUCCCCACGGCCUGACGGACAGAUGGACAGACAGGUUGCAGCUGCCCUCGGAGCCCCAGCAGCAGAUCUGGCCUGGUAGCAGUGCCCAAGGGCAGAAGCAGUUUGCCAGGCCCAGAGGUGCUAAGGGCUGCUGGCCCAGCCCAGACAGUGGGCUCGUUGCCUGCUAUCGCUUGCAGCCCGUAGAUGCUGGUUCCUUGUCCAGCCUCUGCACACAGCCCUGCGGGACAUGGGGCCGCAACAGCCUGUGCCUGGGCAGCCCUGGUCACUGCCUCACUGGGCAGCUGGCAGCCACCUGGCAUCUGCCCCCAUCCCAAGGCGUGGUCAGAAUGCUGGGGGACUCGAGUGUCCCACACACAGACAUAGUUGUGUGUCGCCUCUCUGGCUUGUCUCCAGUAAAGAUCUGCUUCCUGCCCAGAUGUGGCCCCAGGAUGCUGGCUGGGCCCUGCUGGCCACUUUCCAAACCAAGUCAGGCUGUUUCACAGGGAGCCCUACACUGCUGCCUGUGACCAGUUAAGGCCUUGACCUGUGGGAAAGGGGCUGUAUGUGACCAGGGAUUAAAGCCAUCUGAGGUGGUGUGA